AUGCGCUGCCCAUAUGCUCUUUAUCUGUGCACCUUCAUAGCAAUAGUAAAUAGUGCAUCAGCAGCACAAAUAUUGAAAUCACAAAACUUUGGUUCAGUUCAACCGAAUCAAGUUCCUUUUAAUAUCGAUUUCACAAACACUAAAAAUGCAAGACUUCAAUCAAUAAGUGUUUAUUAUGAUCAAUAUGUUCAUGGUUUGGAAUUCACAUAUACAGAUAAUACUGUAAAUUCUGUUGGAUACAAAUUAGGAACUAAAAGCACAGUUAGCUUAGUAAACAAAGAGAUAAGAAUUUUUAGAGUAAAAUCCGGUGCUUGGAUCGAUGCAAUACAAUUUUGUUUUUCAGCAACUGAUUGUACACAACAUUUUGGCAGUAUCGGAGGUGGUGAAAUCGUUGAAUUCAAUUUAAAUAAUUUAAUAAACCAAAAUUAUAAAAUUGUUGCAUUGAGUGGAGCAUAUAUUGAGAAAUAUACUGCAGAUUGGACUGUUAAUACUUUAAAUAUAUUAAGUGUGUCGUACCAGUUGAUCGAUUCAACACCAAAAUAUUGCACAAUUUCGUUGACAAAUAUGAAAGACAAUGAAAUAUUCAAUCAUAAAACUGUAAUAUUUAAUGGCGAGAUCAUUACUAAUGAUUGGCAGAACACAAUACGUAACAUCCAUGUGAAUAAUGCAAACUCAGUCAAUUAUGCAAAUAAAAUCGAUACUCAAUGGCCUGUCAACAUCUUUAAUCAAUUCAAAGGUUUAAUAAAGCUUGAAAAAGGAACUAACAAAAUCACCAUCACUUACGAUGAAACUAUAAACCAAGGAGCGAAAUGUAGUUUGACAAUAAAUUUAGUCUACGAAGAGGACUUAACAGUUGAACCUGUACACUUGGUUAUGGUUGUUGCAAAUGACAGUAAAUUAGUUUAUGAUACUGAACCAGGUGAAGUAAAUAAUUUAGAAUCAGCUAAAUGGAAGUAUCGAACAAUGGCAUGGCUUUGGCAAGCGUUUACAGAUGAUCAAAUUUAUAAGAGAAAUAGUAAUUCUGGUCAUCGUUGCUUUAGAUUGGACGAAACUGAACUUAUAAAUGGAGAAUAUUAUCCAAAAAUCCAUGUAUUACAAACCGAUAUGACUACAGCACAAAUUCAAGCCAAGAAAUCAGAUUUAUUUGGCAUGUGUAAAAAAGUUGUUCUAAACAAUCCAACAAAGUUUAUUAAGCCAGAAAAUUUACCAUUACAGUUUACAUGCUUGUUCCUUGAUUCACAUUACAUACCAAAUGAAGACAGAGUUGCUGGUCACGAUGCUUUAGGCUCGGGUUGGAAUAGUGAUUAUAAUUGGGGUAUAUUUGGAUCACACUUGCUUUACUCUCAUCCGCAAAAUUUAACAGAAAUGAAGAAUAAAUUCAAUGAUAUACGUCCCGUCAAUAAAAAAUAUACUUCAGACGACGGAGGUAAUUAUAGAGCAAGAGUAUGCAAUGUAGGAAUUGGAGCAUUUUUACACGAACUUGGUCAUUCAUUUGGUUUACAUCACAAUUAUGGUGUUAUGCACAGAGGAUUUGACAAUUUUAAUCGUGCCUUUUAUUCAGUUGAACUAUCGACCAAUAAUGUAUGGACCUCGCUUAGAACAAAUGUUGAUGAUCAAUAUGCAAGUUGGAGUAAAGUAGAUGCAGAAAUAAUGUUACCACAUCAUUUAUUUCGAUUAAAAAAUGAUCCAAUCCUUGAUAUGGUGGAUAAAAAUAUACAAUUAUUUACAACAUCUUCAAAUAGUUUUCUUCUUUAUGCAAAUGUAGGUAUUAGGAUGCUUGCAUUUUUCAGCAGCGAUGACGCGAAAUAUCCACAUUAUUUGACGUAUGAACCAGCAUUAAAAAAGGUUGAUGUUGACAUGAGUACAAGCACAGAGUUAAUGAACUACAAGAUCAAUAACAAGGAAAUACAUUUGCUAGUGAUUCUCAAAAAUGGUAGAAUGGUAGAAUUUGGAAAGAUAUUUAGUGAAGUAAAUAAUGGACUUAUUACAGCUGAUGUAUUUAAAACAAAAAGAUUCGGCCCAGUCUAUGAGAAUCAAGUUGAGUUUAAUGUUGAUUUCACCGUAAAUAAUAACACUAGACUUCUAACAAUAGGUGUUUAUUAUGAUAAUUACGUUCAUGGUUUGGAAUUUACCUAUACAGACAAUACUGUUCGCUUUUUUGGAUAUAAAAUUGGAAAUAAAGGUUCAUUCAGUUUGGUCAAUAAGGAACUAAGAGUUUUAAGAGUACAGUCUGGCGCUUGGAUUGACGCAUUACAAUUCUGCUUUUCAGCAACUGACUGUACACAACAAUUUGGUGGUACGAUAAGCGGUCAAUGGUCAGGUGAAUUCAAUUUAAAUAUUAUAGGCAGCUCACAGUUUUAUAAGGUGUCGGGAUUAAAUGGAGCAUUCAUUGAGAAAUAUAAUCCAAAUUGGACUGUUAAUACAAUGAGUUCAAUUACAGUAUUAUACAAGAAAGUCUGA